AUGGCGGAGAGCGAAUCCACCCGGGGAGCUCUUUUGCAGCUGCCAGUGAUCAACCUAUUCGAAGCCACGCCCGCAGUUGGCAAAGCCAUGAUUGAUGCGGCGACUAAAUACGGAUUUUUCUACGUCGAUAGUGCUAGUAGCGAUUUCUCCAACGAUGACGUGGAGAGUGCGUUUGCAAUGGCUCGGGAAUUCUUUGCCUCUCCUUAUGAGGAAAAGGCUGCUGUCAAGAUUGGUACCAAUAACAAGGGCUGGUCUGGAAUGCAUGCAGAAACGCUUGACCCAGGACACCAACAGAGGGGGGAUUUCAAAGAAGCCAUGAACUUCGGCGAAUUCAAAAACAACAAGGCACAACAGGAACUUCCUAAAUCCCUCAUUCCUCAUGAAGCAGAACUAGCCCGCUUUACGAACCUCUGCCAAAAGACAUGUCAUCGCAUCCUAACCACCCUUGCGCUGGGCCUGGAUAUCCCCGAAACCUGGUUCACAUCCCGCCACGACCAAGCCGUCGGCCCAUCAGGCUGUACCCUCCGCUUCCUCUACUACCCCUCCCUCGACUCCCCCGCCUCCUCAACAUUCAAGCACGACAUCGACGUCCGCGCCGGCGCCCACAGUGACUACGGAAGCAUCACCCUCCUCUUCCAGCGGGACGGGCAGCCGGGAUUGGAAAUCCUCACGCCAGCCGGGGAAUGGGCGCCUGUGCCUGUUCGGCCCGCUGCCACUGGCCCCGCUUCCGGCAGUGAUUCCAUAUUCCCACCGAUCUUGAUAAACAUCGGUGAUCUGCUGAGCUACUGGACGGCUGGGCUGUUGAAGUCGACGGUGCAUCGGGUUGUGUUCCCACAGGAGGAAAAGGAACUGCGGUGGCAACAGCCGCACGAGGGGGAAGGAAGCCGUGAUAGGUAUAGCAUGGCAUAUUUCUGCCAUCCGGUGGAUAGCACGGAGCUUGUGCCUGUGCCUAGCAAGCUGGUUGAGGAGGAGAGAAAGAGGCAGAUUGUGGGAACGGAGGAACAGCGGGCUGGCAGUGAUGGUAAUAGUAGGGAGAAGAGGCCCUUAACUGCCAGGGAGCAUUUGGCGGGGAGAUUGGCGGCGACGUAUGGUGGCUUAAGGGAGGAGUAUCAGUGA